AUGAACACCAUCGUUGCUGCAGUCAUCCUGUCGAUCGUCGUCAUCGGAGCGAUGGCCGACUACCCGGCGCCCAAGGGAUACGACGCCCCGAAGGGAUACCACGCACCGGCCCCGGCCUACCACGCCCCGGCUCCGGCUCACCACGGCGGCUACGCUCACCACUCGGCCCCGGUCGUCCACGCUUACGCUGCCAAGGCCCCGCAUGUAAAGUGCGGCGCUAACCUGCUGGUCGGCUGCGCUCCCAACGUCGCCCACGUGCCGUGCGUCCCAGCCCACGGUGGCCACGGAUACGGACACGCCGCCCCUGCCCACCACGGAGGAUACCACGCGCCCGCUCCCGCCCACGGAUACCGUUCCUUCUCCGAGGCUGACCAGGCCUUCGACCUCGAGGACUAA